AUGACUCUCAGAAUCCCCGAGCUUCCCUAUUACGCCCCGGAGGAGGAACUGCCUUUUGAGCUUCCGGGCCCAGACGUCUUGGCUCAGCAGCCCGAAUUCCAGAACCACCUCCAGGCCCACCGCGGUAUUCGUAUCAACGACCACUACGUGGUCAAGUUCGGGCUCGACGAGGCCAUCAACACGCUCAUCGUAGGCAAAUAUACGAACAUCCGCAUCCCGAAGCUGUACGCGGCCUACCCGUACCACCACGAGGGCGACAAGGUCUGGGUUCUGGUCACGGAGCCCGUCGGCGACCUCGCUGUGGACGAGGACUGGUUCCGGAACACCGAGCACCGCGACUCCGCGCUCAUGCAUUCCGUCAAGCGGCAGCUGCAAGAAGCCCGCCUGCAGCUCGGGGCCGUCCCGCACCCCGGCACGGGCUUCAACCUGUACGGCCACCUGCGCGCCUUCAAGAACCCGUUCCUGGACCUGAAGCUGUUCAGCACCGCGGAGCAGGCGCGGGACUGGCAGUUCGGCACCAUGGCGCCCAAGUACCGCGUCGAAGGCGACGGCGACGCCGUGGAGCACUACGCGAAGAGGUGGGAAGCCGCGCACUCGCGGUUCUGCACGGGGCUGGCCAGCGGCGACGAGGCCAUCUUCACGCACUUCAACCUGAGCCCGUCGACGGUCAAGGUGCGUGCGGACGGGCGCAUCGUCGUCACGGGGUGGGAGCACGCCGGGUUCUUCCCGCCCGAGUUCGAGUACGUGACCGCCUACCGGGCCGGGGAGCUCGGCUCGGGCUGGACCAACGACGUCGCGGUCUGCUUGUCUGGCCAGGGCGCGUACCGCGAGGCGCUCGAGCUGGUGGAGAAGACCGCCCAGGACUACGAGGAGGCGAUGCGGUCGCCGUGGACUUCGAGUGGGCCCCUAGGUAGGUAG